UACAGUUAGUGUCAGGGCGUGUUUUGAUUUUUUUUUUAUCAAAUCUAAUAUGUUAAUUAUUUUAACAUAGGCAAGAUAUAUAGAAAGUGUUUAAUUAAGUGAUUCGGUCGGAAUCUUUCGACUGCCGCCUAAUUAGUACUUAAGUUAUAACGACUUGUUUGCAUUCGUUUGAAUAUUGGAAACUAUUAAAUUUUAAACUAUGUAUUACUAGUAUUAUCGCUCCGUAUUGGUAUUUGCACUGUUUUAUCAAUAUUAUUAUUAAUGGUUAUCAAGUUAGAUUUGAAAACGUUUGUUGGGUAUUUUUCGACAUUUCGUGGCCUCUCCUAAGUGUGCACAAGUUAUGAGUCAACCUGUGUUUAAAACGUGAACUGACAAAAUGAAUGUGUUGUGCUAGGCCUAUAUCUAAUUCAGUAAUUGUACUACUGCAGUUGUCGUGCACGGUAAAUUGAGGAAUAUAAUCCACGACAGACUUGGAUUUGUCUUCUAUUGUUAGAGUUCAGCAGUUGGACAGAAUAUAUCUACAUAAUAAUGGGUUGUAGAGGAUGUUUGACCACAGUUCCUUACGCCACCCUCAUUGCGACAGUGUUGUGCUUCGCAGGAUCAGGAGUCUUCUUAGGAUCAAUGUAUAAAGGUGUUGCUCUGACCCUGCGAAUGUUUGAAGAUGUAUUUCAGAUUCAGUUCCACAUGUUGACUGACCUUCGGAUCAUAUUUGUUGUGAUUGGAGGAAUAAUGGGAAUCCUCAGUGUGCUCUUGUUAAUUGUUGGAUUUUCAGCAACAGGGGCAAUUAGGGAAAAAGUUUACUGGGGAUGGAAAGCCAGAAUGGGAGGGCAGAUAUCUUGUGCCCUG